GAGAAUACUAUGCAUAUGCUUUUCAUUUAUUUGCCUUCUAAUUAAUAUGUAAUUAUUACAUACAAUCUGUCAUUCAAUAUAAAUAGACAAUACCCACACUGGUUUCAUCAAAUCUUUUCAAAGUCCACAAGCAGUUUCCAAUUAGCUAUCCAGCCAUGAAUGCUCCUCCAACUUCUUUCCUCAUGAUGCUUGUGAGCAGCAUCACCAUCUCCAUGACUCUCUUCAUCUCGUCUCCUGCUCAUGCAGCUCCCUCCGAGCUGGUCCGCAGCGCGUGCAACUCGACAAAUAACUACACGUUCUGCGUCGGCGCGCUCGAGUCGGACCAUCGAACCGCAUCGGCAUCGCGUCUCGGUCCCCUCUCCAUCAUAGCACUGGACUUGGCCAUGUCCAAUGCUACAAAAACUCAACGGUAUAUGGCAAACCUGGCCAGCCGCAGCAAGGCCAAGCCCAAUGUGAGGGAAGCUCUUGAAGCUUGUGUGGAGAAUUACAGAGGGGUGAUUGGAUCGUUUAGGAGUGCAGCAGGUGAAGUUAAAGUGAAGGAGUACAUGAUGGCAAACUAUGACUCCGCAGUUGCUGGGGAUGGUGCCAGCCUUUGUGAUAAGAAGCUGGCUGCUCGUGGGGUGAGAAAUCCAUCACUGCUGGAGAGGAAUCUGCACAUCCAUUAUUUUAGCAAUAUUGGAUUUGUGAUUACUGGGAAACUAUAUUAAGGCAUGCAUGCAUGCAUGGAU